AUGAAGAAAGUUACACUUUUUGCAAAAUACUUUAUCUUAUUUCUUACAUUUGUGGUUAAUAGUGAAGAGGUUUGGGCUAAUGAAACUGUUGUAACAAAAGAAUCCAACAAUCCAUCUAAUCAAACUCGUAUCAUCACGAGGUCAGUGCCUUGGCGGGCCCGGCGGAAAAGAUCGUCGGUGGCAAGGAUGGCACCAACAUCAGCGAAUUCCCGUACCAGGUGUCACUUCUGCGGAGGAUCGAUCAUCAGCAACAGGCACAUCCUCACCGCGGCUCACUGCGUCAAGGACAUCAUGGAGGCCCCCUAUACCGAGUUCACCGUCGUGACCGGCAGCACCACCUCCUCUGGCAAUAACGGCCAUGUCCACACGAUCGAGACCACCCACGUUCACGAGGGCUUCCUUGGUACGCAGAAGUCGGCCUUCAAGAACGACAUCGCCAUAAUCACGCUCAAGGAGCCGAUCGACGAGAACCAGAAGAAGAUCGACCUUCCCAGCAAGGACAGCAGUCUCGAGGACAAGGCUGUAGUUUCAGGCUGGGGUAUCGAGAAAUUCCCGUCGAAAAUUGCCGCAGCCACGUUGAAAAGGGCCGACAUGAAGGUCGUUCCCAGCAACCUGUGCUCCAUGUUCCUCUUGACGCCUCUGUACAAGACUCAAGUCUGCGCCUUCCAGAGGAAGAACGGUGACAGUGGUGGUCCCUUGGCCUCCAACAACGAAGUGAUCGGCAAAGGCGUCCCCGACGUCUGCACCAAGGUCUACGCCUUCAAGGACUGGAUCAAAAACAUCAUCGACGAGGAAUAA